AUGAAUCCAUUCUUCACCAUUUUUAUGUUCCUUGUCCCCAUCUUCCUUCUUCUUGUCAAGGGCAGAAAAUCAUCGAAGAAACUACCUCCAGGUUCACUGGGGAUUCCCAUAAUAGGCCAUAGCCUGCAGCUUCUCAAAGCAAUGAGAACUAAUACUGCAGAAAAAUGGCUUCACGAAAGGAUACAAAAAUAUGGAUCGAUAUCAAAGUUGACCCUCUUUGGAAAACCAACUGUUUUCAUAUAUGGAAAGGAGGCAAACAAGUUUGUAUUCACCAGCGAUAGCAGCACGAUCUCCUACAGUCAAACAAAGUCUCUGAAGAUGAUUUUGGGAGAUCGAAGUAUAGCAGAACUAUGUGGACAAGAUCACAGGCGCAUCAGGGAUGCACUUGUUUCAUUUCUAAAGCCUGAAUCAUUGAAAAACUAUGUCGGGAAAAUGGAUGAGGAAGUCAGGAUGCACAUGGACAUGCAUUGGCAAGGAAAGCAAGAGAUCACGGUUCUACCCUUCAUGAAGAAGCUGUCUUUCGACGUCAUUUGCUCCCUUCUAUUUGGAAUCGAGCAAGCAGGAACUCGAAGAGAUAAACUCGUGACCUGGUUUCAGCAGAUGAUUGGAGGAAUAUGGUCAGUCCCCAUUAACUUGCCAUUCACACGCUUCAACCGUGGCCUUCGCGCAAGUGCAAGGGUUCGAAACUUUUUGAAGGAUCUCAUAGCUGAAAAGAGGAUGCAACUGAAAAGGGGUGCUGAUCCUCACCAGGAUCUCAUAACUUGCUUGCUUAGUACCCCUAUUGAUCCUUCAAUUUAUGCAUCUGUUCUACAAGAACAAGAAGAGAUAGCUAAGAGCAAGCCCAAGGGAGAGUUGUUAACUUGGGAGGACCUUGCCAAGAUGAAGUACACAUGGAAAGUAGCAUUGGAAACUUUGAGAAUGUUCCCUCCCAUCUUUGGUGGCUUCAGGAAAGCUGUUAGGGAUAUCGAAUACGACGGAUACAUCAUUCCUGAAGGGUGGCAAAUAUUCUGGACUAUGAAUAUGACCCACAUGGAUGAUAGCAUAUUCACCGAAGCAUCGAAGUUUGAUCCGACCAGAUUCGACAACCAAGCCUCAAUUCCACCUUACAGCUUUAUUGCAUUUGGAGGAGGGCCUCGGAUGUGUCCAGGAUAUGAAUUUGCAAAAAUUGAAGCGCUUGUUACGAUCCAUUAUCUGGUCACUCAAUUUACAUGGAAGUUAUGUGCAGACGCUAGUUUCAGCAGGAACCCAAGGCUCAUGCCAUCUGAAGGAUUACCAAUCCAAAUCAUUCCAAGGAAAUAA